GUCUCUCUCUCCCCCCCCCUCCCCCUCCCCCUCUGAAGAUGUCAGCUUCGCGUUUACUCUCUCUCUUGGGAGCUUCAAUCUUCCAUAGCGGCGCAUCUCUCUCUCCACCCCAUCCAAUUCGAUUCAACAACCUCCUCUCUCCUCGUCUCUCACCUCUUCGGUUCCGCCGCUACAUUUCCUCUUCCGCCGCCGUAGAUAAUAUCUCCGGCAACAGCCUAGAAACUUCUUCUUCCGAUUCUCAUCACCCGUGGCCCGAAUGGGUCGCCUUCGUCGAUCGCUUGCAGGCCAAAGGCUACUUCGCCGGAAAUUCUUCCUCUGCGGCGGCGGCGGAGGAGGAGGAGGGUGAGGAUGGUGGUGGUGGAGGUUUUUACAAGGACAUGAAUGUAUUGAAGGACGCUUCUCUCAGCUUCGCUCGUGACCGUUUUGACAUUUUCAAAUCAUUGUCUCGGGAAGAUAUUCAGACAGUUGUGGGGAGUGGGUGUCCUAAUCUUUUACGAAAAGCUGUUAAUUCAGCUAAAAGGUUGAGAGCAUAUGUGCGACUUGAUGAAGGAGAUGUAUGUAGUGCUUGCAAUCUGCGAGGAUCAUGUGAUAGAGCUUAUGUUAUACUAAAAGAAACUGAAGCAGAAGCACGCACAGUGGAUGUUGUGCGUAUCUUAUUGUUCUAUGCACUGGAUCCACUUGUUAUUUCUGGUGGGGAAAUGCCUCCUGGUAGAGCUCUUGUUGAAGCAUCCGCAAGAAAUUUGCUUUCGGACUUGAUUGUACUCAGUGAAACUUCACCUAAUCAUACACUUCCGAAAGCUGCAGUACAAGCUUCCCAUAAGAAGGACCGGUCUCUAAAUUUUAUCAAUGAUGAAUUCUCUACAGAUGUUGAAAUGAAGAGGGGAGAUUGGAUGUGUCCCAAAUGCAACUUCAUGAAUUUUGCUAAAAAUCAACGAUGCCUUAAAUGCAAAGAAGAUGGCCCUAAAAAAGUUGGUUUCGAUGAUGUCGAAAUGAAGAAAGGAGAUUGGAUCUGCCCCGAAUGCAGUUUCAUGAAUUUUUCUAGAAAUGUACGGUGCUUGAAAUGCAAAACGGAGGGCCCUAAGAGGGUUAGUGUGGAUGAUGUUGAAAUGAAGAAGGGAGAUUGGAACUGCCCACAGUGUGGGUUCAUGAAUUUUGCAAGCAACAGAAAGUGUUUACGAUGCCGAGAGCAACGUCCCAAGAGACAGCUGAAUCCUGGAGAGUGGGAGUGCCCCUCAUGUGAUUUCUUGAAUUACAGAAAGAACAUAGUGUGCCUGAAAUGCGAUUGUGAACGCCCCAAAGACGUGUCGACACAGUAUGAAGACCAGCUUUGGCAUCGUCCUAAUUAGGUAGCUUCUUGACAAAUCCUGUGCACGUUUAUUUAUAAAUGGAGAUGAUCACGAGAACGCGAAAGUACCCACCAGAUAAUUUGUUGGGGCAUUCGAAUUCCACAAGCAGAGAGAAGAUAACCAAAGGUGGCUAUAGUUUUCUGUUUGUAAUUUUAAAAACCGAUAAAUUCUGUGGCGUUCUGGGCUGGGCUGUGUGGUUUCAGCCUCUCCGAUUGUUUUUUGUUUCCUUGAAAGUAUUUUAAGUACAUGUUCCUUUGAUGAAAAACCCAAAGCAUUUGUUAGUUGUUAAAACACAGUAUUUUAGGCAUCUUGUGUGAAUUCUUCUAUCCUGUUGCUCAAAAGAGUGGUCUGCCCAAGGUCCCCCAUUUCAAUGGCAGAUUAAAUAUUCACA